CAAUGGUUAAUUACUGGCUUGCCACUGCUUCAAAUGAAUCGUGUUCAAUUUGGCCUUUAGGAUAACGGCGGUGUCAUUGGUCUUAAGAUGCGGCUAACUAACGCUCUUAACCAGGAACAGAGUUGUAUACUUGUAUAGCUUUCUACCAGCUUAGCCCGAUUAGAAGGCCACUACAACAAAAUCCCUUGUCUGGAUUGAUCUUUACAUGAUCAGAACACACAGCCUAUUACUAGGCUGUAAACCAGACUUGUGUGACAGUAUAUGCUUUUACUUGGCCGCUCAGUCCGAAGUAGAAUUUAAAGGUUUACCAAUGUUCGAAAUCCGGAAGCGACUAAAUUGGUCUGCUUCACUAACUGAGGAAGUCAAAGAUGGCAAGCAUUCUCAGUUUUCAUCAAGUAGUGAUGAUUUUUCCACUUUGAAGAGAAGUCAGCAUUCCACUUGGAAAGAAAAAGAUGUUUUGAGAAGGGAGACUGCUAUUGAGAUAAAGCGUACUGAUUUUACGUAUGAUGAUAGGCUACAUACAUAGUUGAGGUGUACUUCGUAAUCUGCGAAUUGGCAAAUCUAUACGUGUACGGCGAAGUAUAGGAUUUCAAAUAGUUCUUCAUAAGUAACUCCAUUUUAAUUUACUGUGUAAACCAGCUUGAUUUACCAGUAUAAACUUUGUGAAACCCUUUUCCAAAAUAUAUUCUGUAAUUGUUUUGAA